AUGGUGUCAGUCACUAAAUUACUCCUCCUGUUACCUUUCCUGGGUGCUCUGGCAAGUCCUACUGAUCCGACGUCCACCGAGCCCGUUACUCAAUGGGAGAAGUCCUACGACCGCCUUCAGCAGAUAGGAGAGAAUAUCUUCAAUGUCACCAGCGACGAUCAACUGCAGCGUCGCUCUACAGACCUCAGAACCAGUAAGGACGGCGUGAACUCCGCAGGCUACUAUUAUUCUCUGUACAACGACAACCAUGCGGGUGCCAUUUACACUGAGUUUCCUGACAGUGGCCGGUUCCAACUGAAAUGGAAUGCGGACAAAGAGUUCCUGGGUGGCAAGGGCUAUCGUGGUGGUAGCACUCGCAAAUUGACUUGGGAUGGUCACUUCAAAGCUGAGGGAGACUACACUCUGGCGGUCUAUGGCUGGACUACAGACCCGGUGACUGAGUGGUAUAUCGUCGAACAACACGGCACUGGCACCCCUGGCAAUGGUCAUAUCCUUGGCCAGGUCAAUGUCGACGGCGGCGUGUACGACGUCUAUAUGCUUCCCUAUAGAAAUGUACCUAAGAUCUACGGUGUGACCAACUUCAACCAGCUAUGGUCUGUUCGUCGCAAUCCUCGCACCACCGGCUCGGUUGAUGUGACUGCUCACUUCAAGCGCUGGAAAGAGCUUGGCCUCCAGCCAGGCAACCCUGUUUUCCAGAUGGUCACUGCUGAAGGAUUCAAGGGCAGUGGAAACCUUGAUUUCCAGUUGCACUAA